CCCAACCGCAAAGCAGAGAAUAAAUGGCUGAAGUGCCAGGCCUCGACAGAAAAAUCAAUGCCUGGUUAUACAGACAUGACAGACCCGGAAAUUUACAUGUCACCUGUGUGACAGGAGCUUCACAGAGAAGUGGGCUCUGAAGAACCACAUGAAGCUGCACACGGGAGAGAAGCCGUUCAAGUGCACCUGGCCCACCUGCCAUUAUUCUUUCCUCACAGCCUCUGCCAUGAAGGACCACUUCAGGACUCACACAGGCGAGAAGUCGUUCCUCUGUGACCUUUGUGGCUUUGCCGGCGGGACACGUCAUGCCCUCACCAAGCAUCGGCGGCAGCACACAGGAGAGAAGCCAUUCAAAUGUGAUGAGUGUAACUUUGCUUCCACAACACAAUCGCAUCUGACACGACAUAAGCGUGUCCAUACUGGAGAAAAGCCUUACAGAUGUCCCUGGUGUGACUACAGAUCUAACUGUGCAGAAAAUAUCCGUAAACACAUCUUGCAUACGGGAAAACAUGAAGGAGUAAAAAUGUAUAACUGUCCUAGGUGUGAUUAUGGAACAAAUAUCCCUGUGGAGUUUCGUAACCACUUGAAAGAACUACACCCAGACAUUGAAAAUCCUGAUCUGGCGUACUUGCAUGCUGGCAUUGUGUCCAAGUCCUACGAGUGCCGACUGAAGGGGCAAGGAGCAACCUUUGUGGAAACCACGAGCCCUUUUACUGCGGCAGCACUGGGAGAGGUUUCUCCAGUGAAGGAGAAGGCCUUUCGGGGCAGCAGGAGACAGCCACAGUCCCCUGAGGAAGUUCAGCAGUUCAUUAUUAUUCAAGGAUACGACGGCGACUUCGCCAUCGACGCUUCCGUGGAAGAGACAGCAGCGGCCACCCUGCAGACGCUGGCGAUGGCAGGGCAGAUGGCCAGGGUGGUCCACAUUACAGAGGAUGGGCAGGUCAUAGCCACAAACCAGAAUGGCUCCCACGUGAGUAGUGUGGUUCCUGAGCAGAUCCUCACAGAGCAGUUAGCAGAUGGUGCCACACAGGUGGUGGUGGUUGAAGGAGCAGGAGCUGACAUGGAGGAAGCCGUUCAAAUAGACGCGGUUCCUGACUCCAGCAGCACGGUACUGCAGCAGAUAAUGCGACAAGAAGUUUUAGAUGCUUCUGAGGCUACAGCCCAUCCUCCGGAGUCCUCCUCGGCAUUAGAUGCCCUGCUUUGUGCUGUGACAGAAUUGGGUGAAGCGGAAAACAAAUCUGGGCUCCUUGACAGAUGCAGGUCUGGUCACAAAGACUUCUUGCAAAUGCACAACCCAGAGAUGCCCAGCAUUCCCAGUGAUGCAGAGGGACAAGAAAUACAGAUGUUCCAUGAAGUUCAGGAGUCUCAGGAAGAUACCAAACCUAUGGAAGUAGUGACAAGGGUCAUGCACCCAUCGGCUGUAAUUGCAUCUCAGGAGAGAGCUCAGGCUGCCUUCAAGAACAUGGUGCAAGGAGUGUUGCAGUUUGCUGUGUGUGACACGGCUGCGGCCGACCAGCUCAUGAAAGAAGGUGUCACCCAGGUCAUUGUAAAUGAGGAAGGGACUGUGCAUAUGGUAGCUGGAGAAGGCUCUCAGAUAAUUAUGCAGGAAGCUGGUAGUCACACACUCAGUGUGCAGAGCGAACACAUGGAUUUAGUGGAGUCAGAUGGGGAAAUAUCACAGAUUAUUGUCAGUGAAGAAUUGGUUCAAGCCAUGGCUCAGGGUUCUGAUGGUGACUUCUCUGAAGGUGCAACGCACUACAUCGUCACAGAAUUGCCACCAGACAUGCAGGAUGAGCCCGGUGUGUACUCACACACCGUGAUAGAGACAGCUGGGUCCCAAGACGUUCUGCAGGCUGGUACUGCUAUAAAAGCAGAAGCUGUAGCCCCUGAUAGAGCGAGAGAGCAGUUAACAAGCAUGGUCAUUUAUACAGAGGGUGGCUCACAGGUAAUUCAAGGCCAGAGAGAUUAUAACAAAGUACAAGAAGCAUGAGAAGCUUCACAUAUAGGCUGGGUGCAGAGCAGAGCUGGAUAUUGCCAGAAUCAUGGAGGCACUGCAUUCCUGGAAUGUUUUCUGUAAAGCCUUCUCAGUAGAACCUCCUCCAAGCCAGGUAACAAAUACAUAUCCUGCUAAUAGGAGGAGUUCUCUGAAGAGGAUAAUACAAUUUUGUUACAAUAGCUCUAGUAACUAUUAUAUGGGAUUAUUAUAAAACAAGCAUACUAGGGUACAAAACAGGAUAAAAAGCCCCUCGCCCAAAAUAGAAAUUGUUCUGUUCAGUGCUUUCUUUGUCGAUGUUUUUGUCUUAAUGUUGUUUUAUCUCAGGGUAAUUCCCUGCCUUCUGUCAUUUUUGUAUAACAUAAUCACAGGAGUAAAAUAAUUGCACUUACAUGUACAUUUUGUGAACUGAUAAAUAUGCAAAAAAAUACAAACCCCACAAUAGCAAGGUAAACAGGCAAGUACUCAUACAGUAUUGGGUGCCCUUCUUCAUUUUAAAGUAGAACAGGUGACAUUUUGCUUUCCAAAAUCUUCCUUUAAAACAUGCUUGGCUAAAAAUAUGUCAUCAAAAUAAGGAAUUUUUUUUGCAUCUAAAAUGAAAGUUUUCAUAGUACUUUACUCUUUCAUGGUAACACAUAAGACUUUCCCUAAAGAAGAGCUCAAAAAAGCUGCACUUCAGAAAAUCCUUGAUUAUACAUAUUUGGGAAGAAGAACUUGAUGCCUGUAACUUCCACUUAAUUUUAGAUGAGAGUCCUACAUAAGAAAUGUGCAUUUUUUGAAAAAAAUAUUGUCACUGUCAGUGUUUUGCUUUUCUUAUAACUAGUGCUUCAUAUAAAUACCAUUUUGCAGUUCAUUUUGUGAGCUACUUCUCAAAUGUUAGGAGGAUUUUUAAAGAAAAUUCUGACAUUGACAUUAACAAGUAGGGGGAAAUAAAGGUGACCUUGUAUUUCUUGCUUAGUCCAGAAUGUCAGUUAUUUACUUGUGGAUAUACUGCAAUUGUUCAAUGCAAGUUCAUGUUGAAAAGAUCUGUUUCAUGAUAAUACUGCUUCUGUUUCUUUAGAAAAAUUGUAAAAUAUAAACUGGCAAGGUUUGGGGAUUUUUUUUUUUCAUCUUUCAAAUAAAAUGUUAGCAUUAAAAUGAAGCAUCAUGAUUUUUAAUAUUAAACAAUAAACAGAACUGGCAUUCAGAAGGAGCAAACGAA